AUGAAUUCGCAAGACCAUAAGAAUGGUGUAGACUCGGCUACAGGUGCGGACGAGGAGCACGGCCAGGGGAAUGGACUCGGUCGCCUCAAAGAACAGCAGCCUCACAAUUCCGUCGGGUUUUGGCAUCCCCAUAUGAGCAAGGUCCGCCGUCAUGUCAUCCUGCUCUGGUUCCGGACCGUGCUCAUCCUUUUGGUCGCCAUCCUCGCCAUCCUCUCGCUGUACUGGGGCGUUCUCUUCCGGGUCGAGGCAAACCUGCGUUCCAUCGUUGUCCACGUCGUUGACUUCGACGCAACAGUCACCCCUUACAACGGUGUUGAGCCAGUCGUUGGACCGGCCGUUGUGGAAUUGACCCAGCAGCUCUUCAAAUCCCCCACGCCAUCACUUGGCUUUACCACUGUGCCCGCCUCCGAGUAUGGCAACGAUCCGCUCCAGGUGCGCGAGGCCGUGUACAGAUGGGACGCAUGGGCCGCCGUCGUAAUUAACCCCAAUGCCACUUUCCUGCUGUGGGAAGCCAUCGAGACUGGCAACUCGUCGUACGACCCUACCAGCGGGGCAGUGCAGGUUGUCAUCCAGACCGCUCGCGACUCGACAACGAUGCAGAGCAAUAUAUCGCCAUACUUGCAGAAGUUCACCGAAGAGUUUGGCGCCACGUUUGGCCCCAUGUGGGGACAAAUGAUCAUGUCCAACGAAAGCCUCCCGCGAGAGAAUCUGGCCAGGGCCGCCGCAGCAGUCAACCCCGGUGUAACACCCCUUCUCUACGACCUUCGGCCUUUCCAGCCACCAACCGCAACCCCGGCUGUUAGUAUCGGCCUCAUCUACCUCAUAAUUAUGGCAUUUUUCUCCUUUAGCUUCUUCCUCCCCAUCCACAUGAAGUACAUCCAGCCCCAGGGCCACCCGCCGCUGCACUUCUGGCAGCUCAUCAUCUGGCGAUGGCUUGCCACCAUCGCAGCGUACUGCCUCAUCAGCCUCGCCUACUCCAUCAUCUCACUUGCAUUCCAGAUUCCAUUCUGGCCUGGGCCCGCUAGCCACGUCUAUUCGCCUCCGCCGGAGGGAGCGACAGCGUAUGGCAAGGCUACUUUUGUCGUCUACUGGUUGGUCAACUACCUCGGCAUGUGUGCUUUGGGACUGGCCUGCGAGAACGUGGCUAUGUUGAUUGGCCAGCCGUGGACAGCGUUGUGGUUGAUCUUCUGGGUGAUCACCAACGUAUCUACCAGCUUCUACAGCCUCGAUCUAGCGCCAGGGUUCUACGGCUGGGGCUACGCCUGGCCGCUGCACCAUCUUGUCGAAGCGAGCCGGCAACUGUUGUUCGACCUGCAUUCCAGGAUUGGCCUGAACGUAGGCGUACUGUUCGCGUGGUCGGCUAUCAACACUGUUCUGUUUCCCUUCUGUUGCUAUUUCAUGAGGUGGAAAGGAGAACACGAAAAGAGGCAAGCGGAGAAAAACAAGGAUCGGUACGUGGUUAGCACCCAAGAUGGCGAGAAAGAAUUGGAAAAGGAAAAGGGUCAAAAGCCACCAGUUAGAAAGAGAGGUUUCAUGAGAGGUGUUUAG